AGUUAAAUUUUCAAUUUAUGGCACUUCACUUAAAGAAUGACGACAAUCAUUGCAAAUUUCCAGUUUAAGUUCUGUGUGAAUAGUCAAGUCAAAGGUUUCAAAAUAGCAAACUAAUUCGCCUAAUUCAACAAAAUUAUUGAACAAUAUUUGUAGAGGCUAAAAGUCAUGGAAAAAUAUACAAUAAACAUCAAAAUAACAAAUCAUCACUGAAACAAAAAGCAAAUAUUUGAUGAUGGAACACAAAAAAUCUUACCGGAAAUCUUAAGUAAACCGAGCGAGGCGUGCUCGUUGAAGUCAAAGUUGAAACGCCUACAUGUGAAGUGUAUAUGACAUGUCGGGCGGUAAGGCGUAAAAUGAUGAUUAAUGACGAAAUUAUUAACACAAAUCGCAACCAUAAAUAAAACCAUAAAAUAAAGAGAAAAAUUAGAACAAAUACAAUCCUCAACUGAAUGAAAGCUGAAGAGGAGAGAAGCAAAUAGCUUACAUGAUGAUAAAAGGUCAAUAUCACAGAUUAAAGUAAUUCAUAUAAAACACAGACGUUAACUGCUGGAAAGAUACAACUGACAGUGAGAAACGAAAUACUUAAAUAAAUGGAUUGCAAAAGCAAGAGGCACAAAGUUAUAAAUUAUAGACAAUUUGACACAUUUAAAGCAAACAAACGUGAGCAUUUACUCAAAACAAGUAGAACAAGAAGAAUAAAUUCACAUAUAAAUAAAAGUAUAAGCCUAAGAAGAAGAAUUGAUAUUUGCAUAAAUUCAAGUAGGGAAAUUGCAAAGAUUAUAGUUAUUACGAUGGGGGCUUAAAAAUCUCAAAACGCAUUUAGUUUAUGCCCCCAUCUUAUGAGAGUAGUGAACACACAUCAUCAUAUAUAUAGAGACCGAACAUACCGAACAUACCGAACAUAUAGACGAAACAUAUAGACACAUCAAACAUUUUGUAAGAAAAAUAUUCAUAGUACACCUCCCCCUUCCUUAACUCGAUUGAGACUUCUUAUGAUUUAUAUGGCUUCACUCAUUAACUUUAACAACUACAAAAACCAAAUUGCUAGUGUAUCAACAUUUGCUUCGGGGACUCUAUAUCUACUUUCAACAAACGAAAAUCUCUCGUCACGCUGCUAUCGUAAAAAGCCCAACUCAAUCAAACUGAUCUCAAAGGUGCGACAUUUAGUGCGCUCAAUCCAACAGGCCACAGUGCUGUGUUUCUUUAUAUUUCUGCUUAGUAGUUUCAUAGCUAUUGCAUCUGCUGCUGUGACAACAACAACAGGUACACGUGUACUUGACACGGUAGCAGCAAAUCUACAAACGUAUCAACUUGCCGCUUUAGUGCUGGAUACGACUGCCUCAAGUCAAGAGUUCAGCAAUUCGAGCGCUAUACAGUCCGCCAUCACCACCGUCAUCAAUGACACUGCCAACGCUUACAGCAGUGUUGCACCGCCACCCAACACUGUUGCCGGCACAAUCAUUGGCACAGGCACUGGCACAGGCACAGGCACAGGCACAGGCACUGGUACUGGUACCUCAACAGCAGUCACCUAUGCCGCAAUUAACAAUUAUGAUGCACUCGGCAAUACACCUACAAACCACACUCUUGCACCGCCGGAAACGGAGACGGAAGGUGAAUUUGCGAUACCACCACUGCAUGCCAUAAUUGUUAGCAUUGUACUCCUGUUCGUCAUAUUGGGCACAGUUGUGGGCAAUGUGCUGGUCUGUAUUGCUGUGUGUAUGGUGCGUAAAUUGCGACGACCGUGCAACUACUUGCUGGUAUCGUUAGCACUUUCUGAUUUAUGUGUCGCAGUUUUGGUAAUGCCAAUUGCGCUACUCUACGAAGUGUUGGAGAAAUGGAACUUUGGUACGUUGUUGUGUGACAUUUGGGUAUCAUUUGAUGUGCUGUGCUGCACAGCGUCCAUACUCAAUUUAUGUGCAAUUUCAGUGGACCGUUAUUUAGCCAUAACGAAACCACUGGAAUAUGGUGUUAAGCGUACACCAAGACGCAUGAUGCUGUGUGUGGCAUUGGUUUGGCUAGCAGCUGCCUGUAUAUCUUUGCCACCAUUGCUGAUACUUGGCAAUGAGCAUGUUGAUGAAAAUGGUGAACCAAUAUGUACUGUUUGCCAAAAUUUCGCAUAUCAAAUAUAUGCAACACUCGGUUCCUUUUACAUACCAUUGUCAGUAAUGCUAUUCGUGUAUUAUCAAAUAUUUCGUGCUGCUCGUCGUAUUGUCUUGGAAGAGAAACGUGCUCAAACACAUCUACAACAUGCACUGAAUGGUACGGGUUCACCACCAGGUGCAACUGAUCUGGGAAGUGGCAAUGGUCAAAGACAUAGUAGCUAUGGCAAUACUUCACUUACAUAUUCAACAUGUGGUGGGUUAAGUGUACAUGGUGGCGGUAGUGGUGGAGGUGUUAGUGGCUCAAGUGGCUUGUUGGGUUCGCCACACCAAAAGAAACUACGCUUUCAGUUAGCUAAAGAGAAGAAGGCUUCGACUACAUUAGGUAUUAUAAUGUCGGCGUUUACGAUUUGUUGGCUGCCAUUUUUUAUUUUGGCUCUUAUAAGACCAUUUGUUGAAUCAGAGACUGUGCAUGUGCCACAGUCACUUUCCUCAUUAUUUCUUUGGUUAGGCUAUGCAAACUCGCUACUGAAUCCGAUAAUAUAUGCAACACUGAAUAGAGACUUCCGCAAACCUUUUCAGGAAAUUCUAUAUUUUCGUUGUUCCAGUCUGAAUACCAUGAUGCGCGAGAAUUACUAUCAGGAUCAUUAUGGCGAGCCACCAUCGCAGCGUGUUAUGUUGGGAGAGGAAAGACACGGUGCCAGGGAGAGUUUUCUCUGAAAUUAGGUGGACUGUAAGAUGACCGCUCUUGCUUAUUAACACUUCCAAUUUAUUUAUGUGUAUACGCUAGCGAACUGAAGCAUAGAGCAAAUCUAUUCAAAUUAAAAAUUAAAUUAAUUCUCACCGUAUCUCUAAUACUACAGAACGUUGUAAUGAACUGUGUUUUACUGAAUAAAU